GAAACAGUUUCGAAAGAGCAAUACAAAUCCGUUGACAGAAGAAGUACACGGCCCCAGUCCGUUCGCCAUGCUCCCGGUGCGACGCAGCCGCCGACUUUCGCCGCCGGCGCUGGUGGACGACGCCAUGAGCGAGAUCUUCUUGCGCCUCCCGCCGGACAACCCCAGGAGCCUCGUCCGCGCCGCCGCCGUCUGCAAGAACUUUCGGCGCAUCCUCUCUGACGCCGCCUUCGCCCGCGACUACUGCAAGUUCCACGGGGCGCCGCCCGGCAUGCUGGGCUUCCUCCACAAUAGCUGCUACGUGGAGCACUGCGUUUCCCAUUUCGUCUCCACCUCCUCCUCAACUCCGUCUAGGUGCCGCAGCUACAACCACCUGGACUGGUUAGCUCUCGACUCCCGACACGGCCGGGUCCUCUUCUGGACCCCUAAAGCAUUUGCGGUGGAAUUCGUCGUCAGCGACCCCAUGGCCAACACGACAUGGAAAGUCCCCCCCAACCCCAGGUAUUCGGCCGGGCUCUUCCAUGCAGAUGGAGACGACGUCGACGAAUUCAAUCUUACCUGGAAUGCCACAUUGCUGGGCUCUAACAAUUGCCGCGGUGGCCAUUUCAUCCUAGUCUUAGUGGGCUCCGAGGAUGAAGAGGAGAUUAUGUUCGCCGCUGUCUACUCAUCAGAGUCUGGUGAGUGGAGAGAAACCAUCGUCACUGGCCAAGCAAAUGCUAUCAGCCAAGGGGUUGACGUUGUCCUUAUGGGGGAUAAGGUGUACUUCCCCUGUGAGACAUCAAACAUAGUUGUGGAGUACGACGUGGGUGACCAUAAAUUAUCGGUGAUCCAUACGCCAUAUAAGGGCGGGCGGGACCUUGUCCUUACAGCAGCGAAGGAUGGUAUGCUCUUGUUCACGGGAGUGUGGGAAUCUAAGCUUCACAUAUGGACGAUGGAGCCUGGUCCCAAUGGAGAUGAGGCAUGGGCAGGUCGCAGGGCUCUAGAGCUCGAACCUUUGGUCUCGUCUCGAACCGUCUCUGAAGUGUUCAUCGUUGGUGUUGUGGAAGGUGCUAGUGUCGUAGUAUUCUUGAGGACAGAGGAUGGAUUAUUUACGACUGACCUCAAUUCAGGCCGAAGCAAGAAAGUGUCUGAAAAGAAACCAACCGGGAAAAUCAUUGCAAUAACGAGCUUCUACCCGGGAGUGCACAGGCGGUAGCGGGGGCACUGACGAAGCUCCACACGCAGCUGUGGAUGCUACGAACAUCUAGUCAAAUGGCCUCAAGAAGAUGGAUCGGUCUACUUUUGCUGCCCAGGAAGAACUUGGAGUGAAAUUUGGUUCGCUUGUUUUCUGCGUUGGACAGUUUGAUCAGGGUUUGCGUUUUAUACUUAGGAGUACUAUACUAUUUGUGCCUUUGUCAAAAGUUUGAACUCGUUC